AUGUUACUUCUUCUAGCUGCUUUCUCAAUCCCAGUGUACCACACAUUAGAAUACGAAGAUAUAGAUGUGCUCACAAACUACGACGUACAAUUUGCCCAAUUGGCCCAAGCAAAUAAUUCCCCAGCGCCGAAAAAGAAACAAGGUUUCAGUGCUGGUAGUGGUCUGCGCAGUAUAGCUGAGGGUUCCUUCAAUGCAGCUAAUGAUGCUGUGAACAAUCAGGAUGCCGCAGGCCACCAGGCAGCUUAUGUUGCCAAAAAUACUUUGGCUCAGUCUGCAGCAGCGGCUUCAGCUACCGCCCAGGCUGCUUUAGCAGGAAAACAAAUUCUUCUUCAAGGCCUUGAGCAACAACACAGGGAUGCACAAACUGCUCUUAUGGGAGAACAGCAGCAACUAAUGCAGAGAGCAGCAGUAGAAGCGAGACAGCAUGUCCAAGUCCUAACCAACACGCUCAACGCAGCACAGGCUGCGGCAGAUCACGUGACCCAGGCAGCCUCGGAGGCUGCUGGGGAGUUAGCUGCCCAACAAGCCAUGGUAGGAUCUGCUAUGGACCGACUCCAAGCCCUAGGAAAGCAGCUAGCAGCAGUGAGGAUAGACUUCGAAGCAACAAGAGCGGCAGCUCAGAAAGCUCAGGCUUCCGCCCAAGCGGCUGCUGCGAAUGCGGCUGCGGCAGCUGCUGCAGCGGCAGCUGGCUUGGCGAAGAAUGCGGGAAAGCAGCCUCUUCCACCACCGCCGCCACCUCCGCCGCAGCCUGCAGAUGGUGGAAAGCAGGGAGGAAAUGGGGCUAAAGGAGGAUCUGGGGGUGCUAAUAGUGGUUCUGGAGGUGGGAAAAGUUCAGCGGGAGGCUCGAAGUACAUAGCUGAUGCAUCUUACGAAGAAAAUAGUUUCUAUCACCCUUUAUAUUAUGGAGAAAAUUAA